UUUGAGCGUGUACCCUGCGCAGCCUGGUCAGGAGCCCAUCAGCCCCCUGCGAUCGUCAGCAUCCCUGGAUGUCCUUCAGGAUCUACUUCGAAACGGUGACCGAACUGGAGCAGUUCGCUACGCUAUGAGCUCGAACCUGUGGGCCCAUGCUCUCGUCAUCAGCAGUUGCGUCAAUAAGGAACUUUGGAAGGAAGCGGUCAACGGAUUCGUUAACCAGGAACUGACAGCUAAUGGAAGCGACUUGGAGCCCAAUGGUCGCGAGGCAUUGCGUGUUUUGUACGCGCUGUUCUCUGGCCAAACCCAGAAUGCCAUCACAGAAUUGAUUCCUCCCGGUCUGCGUGUUGCCGCUAGCGAUCCUCAGAACGAGGCCGAAGCUCCAGCGGAUCAGUUCGUGACAGCUGAGUCUCUCUCGAUGAUGAAGCCCGUUGAGGAGCCCAAGGUUCCAGGAGCCAGCCUGAGCCAGUGGCGCGACACCUUGGCCAUGAUUCUUUCCAACCGCACCUCGGGAGACCAGACCGCUAUCAGCUCGCUUGGCGAUCUUUUAAUGAAGGAAGGCUGGGUCGAGGCAGCUCAUAUCUGCUAUCUUCUCUCGCCUCAGAAUUCCGUGCACUCUGGACCCGAUGCUCAGCUCAACCGCUUGGUGUUGAUUGGUGCGGAUGCCAAUCCAUUCGCAGUGUUCCCGUUUUAUAAGAAUGUUGCGGCCUUCCAGAAGACUGAGGUGUACGAGUUUGCCUGUGCACUCCGCAGCUCUGGUGCAACCGGCGGUUUGCCAUUCCUUCAAGCAUACAAGCUGAACUACAUCUGGACCCUUGUGGAUUGGGGCAUGUUCUCUGAGGCUGGAAGAUACCUUGAAUCUGUAGAGGCGAUUGUCAAGUCACAGACAAAGGGAUCACCUUAUUAUAACAUUAUCUUCCUCGAACGCCUCAGGGAGAUCACUGAACGUUUGGCUGGAUCUUCACAGCUUGCUGUCACUGGAGAGUCCUGGUUCGCCAAGAAAGUUCCCAAGCCCACCAUCGGAGGAAUCUUUGACGCAUUGGAUAGCAAGAUUUCGAAAUUCAUUGCAGGCGAUAAUGAACAGCCCAAGCCAGAUGUUGUCGAAACCAAGGCAAACGCAGUCGAGUCAGGUCCCUUUGCCAAUGCCCCUGCUUUACCUGACUUGAGUAACAUCCCACCACGCGCCAUUUCGCGAUCCAGCAAUAGCGCUCGUACCGCAAACCAGGCUGCGCCUGGUGGUAACAGCAGACGUUCGUCGCGUCCUUCGUUGGAGGUACCCAAGACGGACGUAUAUGGUCAUCUUCAGCCAAUGAGCUCUUAUCCAGAGCCUGCACCGGGGACUGCCCCAGCAACGGAUCUCACCGCCGGUCAGGAUCAGGCGUAUAACAACUAUGAUGGGUAUGAUCAAAAUGGCCAGUAUAACGCUGAGGCCUACACGGAGAGCAACUACAAUGCUGGCUAUGAGAACCAAGACCAAGGUUACGGUUAUGAUGCUUCGCAGGGCUAUGACGGAACCUACCAGGGCAUAGAUGCCACUGGCUACGAUCAGCAGAAUCAGUAUCAGGAGCAGGCCGAGGUUUCACAGGAGCAGCAACAUGCGUAUGCUGGCGAGGAGAACUACCAAGUACAGACCGGCUUUGAGGGUCAACAAGAUACCCAGUACGAUGCACAGUAUGACGCCCAGUACGGCACUCAGCAGGAUUCGCAGUACAAUGGUCAAUACGAUGCUCAGCAGAGCGCACAGUAUGACGGUCAGUAUGAGAAUCAGCUUGGAAUGUCAACUGGAGAGACUGUAGCGGCACUUGCGGUCCAGCCCGACGUUGCGCUGGCCAGCGCAGACUCGGCAAAUUUCUCGACGCAGGCUGCUCUUGGUUCGGAGAAGCCUCCAGUGAAUGAAGCCCAGAAUCCUGCUGUACCUGAAGGAGCUGCUGCCACUGAGGGAUAUGAUACCACAUAUGGUCAGCAGGCCGAGGAGGCGGAAUACAACUACGCCCAAGACAGCACCUACAAUGGUGAAUAUCAGCAAGGCGAAUACCAGACCGGCGAGUACCAACAGGGCGAGUACCAACAGGGCGAGUACCAACAGGGCGAGUACCAACAGGGCGAGUACCAGGCGGGUCAAGAGCACCAACAAGACGGCAACUACGACUACCUGCAAUAUGAUCAGUCUGGUUACCAUCAGGACAGCAACAACUAUGGAGAGCAGGGUUACGAUCAAGCAGCCUACCAGGAUCAGACUCAGUACCAAAACGUUGAAAGUGGUGAUCAGGGCUUGGGAGUGGAGUACAACGACGGUAAUCAACAGAAUCAAGGCCAGGAGCAGCCAGUGCAGGGCAACCUUGGUCAUCAGGAGGCAGCACCGGCAGCUGUUGAGCAACAGAACAACUUUGUAGCCGAUGAACCUACUGCUGAACAGCAGGGUCAGGUUGAAAUUGCUGCGCCAACUGAGGCGGCCUCUGCGAGGACUGGGGGUCAAGCAGGAGAUGAUCAGAAUGCCGAGUACCAACAAGGAGAAUAUGAUCAAGGCUAUUACCAGCAGGGAGAGUACCAGCAGGGAGAGUACCAGCAGGGAGAAGCACCAGCAGGGAGAGUAUCAACAGGGUGACUACCAGCAGGAGGAGCACCAGCAGGGAGAGUAUCAACAGGGUGACUACCAGCAGGGAGAGCACCAGCAGGGAGAGUAUCAACAGGGUGACUACCAGCAGGAAGAGUAUCAACAGGGUGACCAUCAGCAAGGCGAUUACCAACAAGGCAAUUAUCAGCAGGGCGAUUACCAACAAGGCGAUUACCAGCAA